GAGAUGAGAGCUUAACUCCGCCCCGUCCGUCCGUAGUGAGGCUGCUUCAAGAAGGAUCUUGGCAGUCUGGCGGAGAAGAGCUACAGCUAGAGAGACAGGAGAUCAGCUCACCGGUGGCGGAAUGGUCGGCCCCGGUCUGCGGUUGUUUGCGUCCGUCUCUUGGUUGGUGACCUGCUGUACUGCGCAAUUCUGGCCCACAUCAUACAACUCAACGGGUUUGUAUGGCAGGGUAGAGUCCGGCAGUGGCAGCAGUAGUUAUGAUACACCUGGCAGCAGUUACAACACUUAUCCUGUCACAGGCAGUAGGACUCCACCAGCAAAUUGCACUGGAUCUGCCUGUUGCAUACCAAAAUGUUUUGCAGAAAAAGGAUCAAGGGGACCCCCUGGUCCCCCAGGCCAAACAGGACCAAUAGGACAACAAGGAUUUCCUGGAAUGGAAGGUCUUCCAGGACCAAAAGGGGACAAAGGGGACCCAGGUCCACAGGGACCUAGAGGACCGAAAGGAGACAGGGGUAAAAUGGGAAUGCCUGGUUUCCCUGGCAUAAAUGGCAUACCUGGUGUGCAAGGUCCACCAGGUUCACCAGGUCUUCCUGGCUUGGAUGGCUGUAAUGGAACUGAUGGGCCUCCUGGAAUUCCUGGCUUGCCAGGAGAGCAAGGCCCUAGAGGUUUUCCAGGAUCUCUUGGUGGAAAGGGUGAAAAAGGAGAGGCUGCCUAUGCUGGUCUGUUUCCAAAAGGACAGAAAGGAGAACCAGGUUCAGAUGGAGUGAGAGGACCUCCUGGUCCACCAGGAACCUCGGGAGAAGCUGGAUAUCCAGGACCAAAAGGGGAAAUAGGUCCUGUGGGGCCAACAGGACCUACUGGCAUAAAAGGAGAAAAAGGCAAUAUGGGUGUUGGAUAUGAAGGACAAAAGGGACAGAAAGGAAAUAAAGGUGAAAUAGGACCUGUUGGAAGUCCUGCAACUCUCCCAUACACAGGGCCAAAGGGCCUCACAGUUGGACCUGUAGGAGAUAAGGGUGAUAAAGGGGAANAGGGGGAAACUGGACCUUAUGGACAAAAAGGAGAACCUGGCAUGACUGGAGAUCCUGGUCUUCCUGGAGAGUUUGGAAUGAAAGGAGAGAAAGGGUUGCCUGGUGCUCCAGGAAGUAGAGGUCGUGAUGGUUUCCCAGGACCUCCUGGACCUAUAGGGCAGAAGGGUGAUCGAGGAUAUGAUGGGCUUGAUGGCUUAAGUGGAAGGCCUGGAUUGAAAGGAGAGCCAGGACUUGAUGGUCUGUCUGGACCACCUGGAUUACGCGGACCACCUGGACCUCCAGGAGGUGGGAAGGGAAGACCUGGUCUUCCAGGGCCACCAGGCCCAAGAGGAUUUCCUGGACCUACAGGACCCAAAGGUUUAGAUGGAUAUCCAGGAGAAUCAGGACCUCGAGGACCUCCUGGAAAUCUAGGAGGACCAGGGUUGCCAGGAACACCUGGGACAGAAGGCUUACCUGGUGAUAAGGGGGGUAAAGGGGAGCCAGGUCUGCCAGGUUUUCCUGGGGAUACUGGUCCUAGAGGCUUUGCUGGGCCACCAGGUCCACCAGGACCCCGUGGAUUUUCAGGCGAGAAGGGCCUGUCUAUAGUUGGACCAAAAGGAAUGGAUGGUGCUCCUGGGCGAGAUGGUGUAAAAGGUCUGAAAGGAGAAAGAGGAUAUCCUGGACCUCGAGGAAUUCCUGGAGAUUCUCAACAAGGGAUUGCUGGUCCUCCAGGAUUAAUUGGACUCCCUGGAGAAAAGGGCAGGGAUGGAAGACCAGGCACACCUGGGUAUCCAGGUUCACCAGGUGACAAAGGUGAAAUUGGAGGUCGUUGUCAGGACUGCCAUCCAGGAUCUCGGGGAGAGAAGGGUGACAGAGGUCUUGAUGGAAUUGCAGGUCAGCAAGGUCCACGUGGUCCUCCAGGAGAAAGAGGAUAUCCAGGAGAGGUUGGACAGGAUGGAGUUCCAGGCCCAUUUGGACCCCCUGGACGUCCUGGUCAACCAGGUAUUUUAGGCCCACCAGGUGCCCCUGGAGAGAAAGGAAACUCUGUUCUCGUCCCUGAGAAUCAUACAAAUGGAUCUAAAGGUGAUAAGGGUGACAGAGGGGAACCAGGGCGUGAAGGCGUACCAGGACCAGUAGGACCAAUUGGACAACGUGGGAAAGAUGGUCUGCAAGGUUUCCCAGGUGCAAAGGGAGAACCCGGUGAAAGAGGUUUCCCAGGCCAAGAUGGUAUUCCUGGUGAACCAGGCUAUCCAGGGCCUAAAGGUGAAAAAGGACUCAGCAUUAAAGGAGAAUCAGGCAUUCCAGGGAGAAGAGGAGAGAAAGGGGACAAGGGUCAACCUGGACUUUAUGGUGUGAAAGGAGAGCCCGGUUUCUGUCCACCUCCACCUUUCAACCUUACUGCAGGUUUGAAGGGGGAGCAAGGAGCUCCAGGUGACAAAGGAGAACCAGGCCCACCUGGCAGGGAUGGAUAUCUUGGAGACAGAGGGUUGCAGGGUUUACAGGGUGAACAAGGAUCAGCUGGUCCACCAGGUGUGCCAGGACCUGUUGGUCCUCGAGGAUUACCAGGUCCGCGAGGUGACAAAGGUGAGACUGGACCCAUGGGGUUCCCAGGUGAACCAGGCAGAGAUGGUAACAGAGGGCUACCAGGCUUAGCUUCAGCUAAAGGUCUGAAAGGUGAACCAGGAAUUUCUGCACCUGGGCCCCCAGGACCUCCUGGACCAUAUGGAGAAAAGGGAGAAAAAGGCCUGCCAGGUCCUUCUGGGAAAUUUGGUAUUCCUGGGAAUCAAGGAUUGCCUGGAUUCCCUGGUCCCAAAGGUGAACCUGGAAGGCCUGGUUUAGAUGGUCUUCCAGGUCAAGUGGGAUCUAAAGGUGAUCGUGCCCCUAUUGGACCACCAGGAAUACCUGGAGUUUCUGGACAACCUGGUCAUGAUGGACGGAAAGGGGAACCUGGUAUAGUUGGUGAACCUGGACGUCCUGGCCUGCCUGGUUUCCCAGGAAGUAAGGGUGACAGAGGUGUACCUGGAGCUGAUGGAGCUAAAGGAUUUCCAGGACCCCGUGGAAUGCCUGGUGUCACUGGUACGCCUGGUCUUGAUGGUUUCCCUGGUGAGAAAGGUGACAAAGGAGCCACUGGAAUAAAUGGUUUCCCAGGUGAAUCUGGUCCUGAUGGACCUCCAGGUCAACCUGGUUUCAUUGGAUCAAAAGGUGAUAUUGGAUUACAAGGACCUCCAGGGUUGCCCGGGCCUGUUGGACUACUUGGUCCACAAGGCGAACCAGGUCUUCCAGGAUUGCCGGGCAAGAAAGGGGAUGCUGGUCUUGUUUCUGAAAAAGGUCAGAAGGGAGAGCCAGGUUUACCAGGACUUAGGGGACCUGAAGGCUUCCGGGGUACUGAUGGAAGACCUGGCUCAAAGGGAGAACCUGGGUUGCCAGGUAUUGGCCGACAAGGACUUCCUGGCACGAAAGGGGAAUCAGGUAUUCCAGGGGAAUCUGGAAUUCCGGGAAUACCAGGGCAGAAAGGUGUUUCAGGUGUACCAGGAUUUCCAGGACUUAAGGGAGACACAGGUCCACCAGGGCCAGCUGGAAACCCAGGGCUACCAGGAUUAGAUGGAUUGCCAGGUCUGAAAGGAGAAUCUGGUUUUCAUGGUCCUCCAGGCCCAUCCGGGCUAAAGGGAGACAAAGGCUUUCCAGGACGUGAUGGAUUGGAUGGUCUGAAGGGUGACACUGGACAACCAGGGCUUCUAGGACCUGCGGGCUUCCCUGGGAUACAAGGUAGCAGAGGAGACCGUGGUCCACCUGGACCCAUGGUUGAUGUGAAAGGAGAUAAGGGAGAACCAGGACAGCCAGGAUUGCAGGGUUUUCCAGGAGAAAAAGGAGAUGCAGGGUUUCCUGGAAGAGAUGGUCCUCCAGGAUUAAGUGGUCAGAAAGGACUUCCUGGUCAAAGAGGACCCCCUGGAGCAAUGGGAACUCCUGGAUUUAAAGGUGAACCUGGACCUGCUGGACCUGUUGGUGCCCCAGGACUAACGGUUAAAGGAGAAAAAGGCUUGCCAGGAUUAAUGGGUAAAAAUGGAAGAGAAGGUCCAUCAGGAAUUUCAGGCCAGAAGGGUGAACCUGGCUUGACAGGAUUGCCAGGUCAACAAGGCAGUGCAGGGUUGCCUGGUCCUGUAGGUCCUUCUGGAGAAAGGGGUGACCAGGGUUUUCCUGGAAUACCAGGUCCCCCUGGGUUUGAUGGUCCACGAGGUUUGCCAGGUCUUCCUGGAGCAGUAGGUCUGCCAGGACCCAAGGGAGAUAAUGGACCCCCUGGAUUAUAUGGAGCACCAGGAGAAAAAGGAAACCAAGGGCUUUCAGGUCCUCCUGGUUUACCUGGACAUCCUGGACCAAAGGGAGAUCGUGGUUUUGAUGGAUCACCUGGAUUACCUGGACCUGCUGGACAAAGAGGAGAACCAGGCUUUGCAGGACUUGCAGGCCUGGAUGGUUCACCAGGUUUAGCAGGAUUAAAAGGAGAAAAGGGGGAACCAGCACUGACUUCACCUCCAGGACAAAAAGGAGAAAGGGGACCAAUAGGAAUUCCAGGUAGGCCAGGUGAACGGGGUCUUCCAGGACUAGAUGGUGCUCCAGGUAUUCCAGGAAUUAAAGGGGAAAAGGGCAGGCCAGGGCGAGAUGGUCUGCCUGGACCAAAUGGAUUACCAGGUCCUAGAGGAGAGAUGGGCCUGGAUGGAAUAAUUGGAAGUGAGGGACCUCAUGGUGAGCCAGGACCAAAGGGAGAACCUGGUAUUCCUUGUGAAGAUCAGCCUGACUAUUUGACAGGAAUACUGCUUGUCAAACACAGUCAGACAAUAGAAGUGCCACGAUGUGAACCAGGACACGUAAAACUAUGGGAUGGUUACAGUCUUCUGUAUAUAGAAGGCAAUGAAAAGGCCCAUCACCAAGACUUAGGUUUUGCUGGAUCUUGUGUAAGAAAAUUCAGCACAAUGCCAUUCCUUUUCUGUGACUUCAAUAAUGUUUGCAACUAUGCCAGUCGCAACGACAAAUCUUACUGGCUGUCGACCAGCUCACCUAUACCAAUGAUGCCUGUGGAAGACAGUAGUAUACGUCAAUAUAUUUCAAGAUGUGUUGUUUGUGAGGCCCCAGCAAAUGUAAUUGCUGUCCACAGCCAGUCUUUAGGUGUUCCUGACUGUCCACAGGGUUGGUCAGGACUAUGGAUUGGUUACAGUUUUGUCAUGCAUACUGCAGCUGGUGCUGAGGGAGGUGGGCAGUCACUUGCAAGUCCAGGAUCAUGCCUUGAAGACUUCAGAGCCACUCCAUUCAUCGAAUGUAAUGGAGCCCGAGGAACGUGCCACUACUUUGCCAACAAGUUCAGUUUCUGGCUUGCAACUAUUGAAGAGUCAGAUCAGUUCCAAACGCCUCAGAGUCAGACUUUGAAGGCAGGAAGUCUGAGGACGAGAGUUAGUCGUUGUCAAGUCUGCAUCAAGAACACAUAGGUAGUGGUACAUCAGCAAGCCACUCUUGUAUCCUACUAGUUGUUUGCCAUGCAGACCGUCUUGGGGUUAAGAUGUGUGAUAACACAAGAAAGAAAUGUGUAAAAAAUGCAGCCUUCACACAUCUGAACUGAUUACUCAGAAAAAAGAAGUGAGUGGAUGUCCUGCAUUUGUGUUCAUGCACUGAGAUUGUAAUGCUAGCCACUUAAGUGAUGUGUUCCUCUUCUACUAUUAUACUGCUUUCUCCAAUCUGUAUAUUGCCUACUGUAUUAAUUGUGUAUGGUCUUGCAAGCAGAUGUGUUAAAUAGUGUUGUGGUGGCAAUAAAAUUUAACAAGUAUUAACAUACGAGACAAGCUGCAAUUAAAAUGUGAGGUGGUUCCAGAUUAUGUAGAACAGGAAUUCAUAUUUCUGAACACUGUUUCAGAAGUAUGAAUUUCUUUCUGUUUUUUUUUUUUUGCAAUUGCAAAAUUUUGUUGGUGCUAUCUUUUUUUUACUUACAUGUAUAAAUUUCCCCUAUAUUAAAAUGUACUGGUGAUUUAAACCAGAUAUUAGAGUUUUUGUGUUUACUACUUAAAUCAUUUUAUGUGGUCUUUACAGUAUAUGUUUAUAUAUAAAUUUGUUAAAAAUAUUUAAUUACACUGUGUCCCAUCAAUUGAAGUUGAUGAAAAAUUUCUGUAUGGAUAGUGCCAAUAAGAUGUAUCAACUUUAAAGCUCUAGUCGAGUGAUUAUAUUACUAUUUCAUCUUAGUAGUUUCAUAUCUGUACAUUUUCUUCAUUUGAACUAGUUUUAUGCUUUGAAAUAAUUUCAAGACAUUGCCUUGCAUUCCAAUCAUGGCACACACAUGUAUAAUUUAAUAUAAGUAUACUGUCUGUUAUAUUCACGCAAACAAAUGUAUCACUGCCUUCUUCAUGUUACACAUGAUGAUCAGAGAUUAAGUCUGCUCAGCAACUCUUGUAUAGAGAUCUGUUAAUAUACAGUUGCCAUAUAUAAGACACAAAAAUGGAGGUUGCAUUACUCUGUUCCAUGAUUUUAUUUCAUUGAAAUAUAAUUUUAAAUUUGGUAGAUGAUAAUGAAUUCAUCAUGACCAAGUGAAUUACUUCUGUCAUGAAAAUUGAAAGGAUUAUGAAUGUAACUAACCCUUACUGGCACUGCCACAAUUCUCAGCACUCGUGAGGAAUAUGAACACAUGUGUUAUACCCACACAAUCUCUCCUAGGUGUAAAGUUGCCUUGUAGAUAAGUACAUGCUGUGUAACUUCCAAUUAUGCUUGUGUUAACGAUGUGCCAAAAUUAUGUUAAAUUCAACUCUUAAAUUUGUGCAUUUACCUACAAGGCUGCUGCAAAAUUGUAACCUGGUCACUUUAUAAUUUUAACUGAAUCAUCUAAUGAUGGGAUGGCCAAUAAUAAACCAUAUGCAGGAUUUAUACCAUUGUUCAAAAUUUAUAUCUCCUGCUAAUGUCAUCAUUUAAAUCGAACUUUAUAUUACCAUUGAAUGUGUUCAUUUUUAUUUAUGAACCAAAUCUGCAUUUUCUAAACUAGAGGUUAUGUAUAAGACUCUGAAUAAUGGUGAAAGUGAGUCAGUGAUAAAAGUCUAGUUUAUUCGAUUUUAUAUUUUAAUAAUCAUGUCCCGCACAAGUGUUCCUGCCUGGGACAAGAAUGGCCCAUGGACAUACCAAUGUUGACCAUCCCUGAUGUAAUGUAUUUUGUCAAACUGUAUGUUCUUUCUCAAAACACUGCCAAUUUGUAACAUAGAUAAAAAAUAUAUUUAAAAGAAUAUUAUUUUAUACUUACAAAACCA